CUUAUCCAGUGAUUCCAGCGUUGAUCGAAGAGAGAGCUUCCACCGGUCGCCUGUAUGUUUUCUAGAGGUCGAGCAAGUAUUUGGCACAACGAUGGCUAUCAUCGACGGUUUCUUGAGGGUUUCGACCAUUUACUGGCUAUCAUCUCAUGACCUGCGCAGCGAGGCGUGGCUCACGACCAUCUCUGGAGCUCAAGUGGACAGAGGAAUACUUUACGGUACGCCGAGGAAAUGACAGGAAGCUCACGCAGUUGGUGUUCUACCUCUUCAUCUGUCAUGGAACUCUCCAGAGAAGCAGUCCCUACAAGCAAUCGCCAAAUUUCGAAUCAUGCUUUUCAUGUCACAGGCGUGACGAAUUACCAACUCGAAUAGGCCGAGCUUCCAAUCCAAAGAAGAACUCCGACACACAUAUACCCAGAUAUGUCCAAGAAUUCAUGCUUAGUAUUACGCAGAAAAGAAGCACGAAGUCAACUCCAACGAAGAACCGCAUAUCAGGAUGUCUUGCAAUCAUGGUUUGUCCAGGAACUAGAAACCAUCCGACUGACUCGCGACAUUUUACAGACAAUGAGGGGCCUCGUCGCCGAGAAAUUGCAUGGCGCGUGGGUGCCGAAUGCUGGCUCAAGCGUGGGGGCUGGUUCUCUAUUUCACCUCCUAACCGUCUCCAAGAAUUCGCCAGAUCAGGCAAGGUCGCAUCGUCGAAAAACCCCAGAGCUAUUUACAUUCACCCCAAUCUCUCCUCGAAUGACAAGCCUUCGCUCAGAGGGUCCACUAACCUCAUUCAGAUGAAUUCUGGAAUUUUGACUGGUCGCAUCGUGGCUGAAGGUCUUGUCGAGGGAAUGCGGCUGAGCUUGGCGCUCCUUUGGCCUACCGCGCCACGAGCUAGUAUCGUACGGGAGCUUCGCUGAGUUUCUCGCCCGUGUAGGCUUCACGUUGCUUGCCAAUGAUGGUAGUAUAAGAGUCGCUGGCGAUUCCUUCCCUUUUUCUGUGCUCAUCCAGUUGUGGCUAAACAGUUCACU